CGCUCGCCGUCCCUUCGGGGCUCUUCUCGGGCUGGAUUUCCGGAGCGCCGGUGCUCGGCCCUGGUCGGAUGGCUUUCCCGCGAGUGGGCGUCUGAAGGGAAACCAGAAGCGGGUAAGCGAUUGCAAACUCUGGGAUUUGACGCUGACGGUCCGGGACCCCCAGCCUCCGUCCCUCCCCAGCCCCAUCGCCAGGACCCCUGGACGGCUUCGGGCACCAAGUUAUUUUCUAUGUGGAGGCUUAAUCACAUGAAGCCAUCAAUGUGAAGAAGAUACCAUUUUGAAAACCAUUUUUGUUACAGGUGGUAGAGGAAAAGUCCAUAAGAGCUGUGUCCUCCGUGUGUAUCUCACCGUGCUGCUUUUCACUCCUCAAUUUAGGAAUGAAGCCACCAUUAUGUCCUCAGUCAGUGAAGUAAAUGUGGAUAUCAAAGAUUUCCUAAUGAGCAUCAAUUUGGAGCAGUAUCUCUUACAUUUCCGAGAGUUUGGUUUUUAUACUGUGAAGGACUGUACAGCUGUAAAUGAUAGCGUGCUACACCAAAUUGGAAUAUCACCUACAGGACACCGUAGGAGGAUACUUAAGCAGUUACAAAUAAUCUUUUCAAAGAUGCAAGAAAUUCCAGUAUAUGCAAAUGUUCAUAAAACGAAGAAUGGCAACAUCUCAAAAGAGCAAGAUAGUCCUCCAUCCACCAGUCAGAACACCUGCAUAGAGCUUUCUGAUUCUGUCAGUGUUCAAGCCAGCUUGACACAGGUGGAGACUGUUACAAACAUCAAUCUAAAUGACCUUAGUGUGGGAAAUAGCCAGUGUCUUAAAUCAGAUGAUAAGUUAAGUCUUUCUCCUCAUGACCUCCCCAUUCCAGUAGAAGAGGCACACCAGAAUAAAGAUUCUUCUCAGGAUUCUUUACGUAGUGGUGAAAACAUUAAAAUAAAUUCUUUGGUUACCAAGAAGGCUGUGGAUUGUACAACUGGAGAACAACAAACGGAGAAAAUCAAAUUGAUACCUGAAAGUUUCAGGAAGGCAAACCCUGAGUGUCUCCCCUCUGUGGACUGUCCAGCACCAGCAGCAAACUCUGGAAAUGGAACUAACGGCUUCGAAAGCCCCCCGCCAGCCCCGUUCUUUCAGUUUAAAGGAGAAAUGAUUGUGAACGAUUUGUACAUGCCAUCAUCCCCAGUCCUGGCGCCCAUGAGAAGUCGGAGCAAGUUGAUUUCGAGACCUUCUCGGUCUUUUCUGUUAAGACAUCGGCCUGUACCAGAGAUUCCAGGGUCAACAAAAGGAAUUUCUGGGAGCUAUUUCCGUGAGAGAAGAAACAUUACUACCUCAGCUGGAAAAUCUGCGAUACUGCAAAAUUCAAAUGAGGAGACCUCAUCUUCCAUCUUUCCUUAUGGGGAGACCUUUCUCUUCCAGAGACUAGAAAAUUCCAAGAAGAGAUCUAUAAAGAAUGAAUUUUGGGCCCAUGAGGAUGCAGUCAAAGGCGAAGCAAACCCUGCAGGCAACUCGAUUUUAAUCAAAUCAAGCGUCUAUGAUAAGAGGAAGGAAAAAGUAAGUGAAGACAAAGUAGAAGAUAUUUGGAUACCUCGAGAGGAUAAAACUAAUCUUCUGAAAGAUUCCGCUUCUGAGUCAGAAUACUCCACAGUAGAAGAAUGCUUUCAGAGUUUAAGAAGAAAAAAUUCAAAGUCGCCUAAGUCUAGGACUCAAAAAGCAUUCUACUUGGACCCUUUCAAUAGGCACAGUUAUCCUUUAAGCUCCACAAGCGGCAAUACUGAUUCAUCGACCAUCUCAAAUGCCAUAUCUCCUUAUGCCUGCUUCUAUGGAGCUUCUGCAUUGAAGGUUAAAUCGGGAUGGCUGGACAAACUCUCUCCUCAAGGAAAACGCAUGUUUCAGAAGAGAUGGGUGAAGUUUGAUGGCCUCAGCAUUUCUUACUACAAUAACGAAAGAGAAAUGUAUUCAAAAGGAAUAAUCCCCCUUGCUGCUAUAUCUACAGUACGAGCUCAAAGAGAUAACAAAUUUGAAAUUGUUACGACGCAAAGAACUUUUGUUUUUAGAGUAGAAAAAGAAGAAGAGAGAAAUGAUUGGAUCAGCAUAAUAUUAAAUGCACUGAAGUCACAAUCCCUUACUUCACAGUUUCAAGCUGCUGUGGUUCCUGAGAAAUGUGGAUAUCUUGAAUUGAGAGGGUAUAAAGCCAAAAUUUUUACUGUGUUACGGGGAAACAGUGUGUGGCUUUGCAAAAAUGAACAGGAUUUUAAGAGUGGCCUUGGUAUUACCAUAAUCCCUAUGAAUGUUGCAAAUGUCAAGCAAGUAGAUGGGACUGUGAAGCAAUCUUUUGAAAUAAUCACACCCUACAGGAGUUUCAGCUUUACAGCAGAGUCUGAGAAAGAGAAGCAGGACUGGAUUGAAGCUGUGCAGCAGUCAAUAGCAGAAACUCUCUCUGAUUAUGAAGUAGCUGAGAAGAUUUGGUUCAAUGAAUCCAACAGGAGCUGUGCAGAUUGCAAAGCCCCAGACCCAGACUGGGCGUCCAUCAAUCUUUGUGUCGUCAUCUGUAAGAAGUGUGCAGGACAACAUAGAUCUUUGGGACCAAAAGACUCCAAGGUUAGAAGUCUAAAAAUGGAUGCCAGUAUUUGGAGUAAUGAGCUUAUCGAGCUUUUUAUUGUCAUUGGAAACAAAAGAGCAAAUGACUUUUGGGCUGGUAAUCUUCAAAAAGAUGAUGAAUUACACAUGGACUCUCCAGUAGAAAAGAGAAAAAACUUUAUUACUCAGAAAUACAAAGAAGGAAAAUUCAGGAAGACUCUUUUGGCAUCUCUGACCAAAGAGGAAUUAAAUAAGGCUCUGUGUGCUGCUGUAGUGAAGCCAGACGUGCUGGAAACAAUGGCUUUGCUGUUCAGUGGAGCAGAUGUUAUGUGUGCAACUGGAGACCCUGUGCACAGCACCCCCUACCUGCUGGCCAAGAGGGCUGGACAGAGUCUGCAGAUGGAAUUUCUCUACCAUAACAAAUUCUCAGAUUUCCCUCAGCAUGAUGUUCAUUCUGAGGGGGCGCCAUGUCAGGAUGCUGUGCAGUCCUUGUUCCUCUGUGACUUCUUAUAUCAGGCUCCUGCUGCUGCAUCUAAAGUUUCUACAGAGAAAAAGCUACUUGAAGAGACAAAUAAAAAGUGGUGUGUUUUGGAAGGAGGCUUCCUGAGUUACUAUGAAAAUGAUAAGUGUACUACACCCAACGGCACCAUCAACAUCAGCGAAGUUAUUUGCCUGGCUGUCCACAAAGAAGACUUCUAUUUGAAUACUGGACCUAUCUUUAUCUUUGAGAUCUAUUUGCCCUCAGAACGUGUAUUUCUGUUUGGAGCUGAAACAUCUCAAACUCAAAGAAAAUGGACAGAGACGAUAGCCAAGCAUUUUGUUCCCUUUGUUGCUGAAAACUUAACAGAAGCUGACUAUGAUUUGAUUGGUCAACUCUUCUACAAAGACUGCCAUGCCCUGGACCAGUGGAGAAAAGGCUGGUUUGCUAUGGACAAAUCUAGUCUGCAUUUUUGCCUUCAAAUGCAAGAAGCUCAGGAAGAGAGAAUGCACCUAAGACGGCUGCAAGAGCUAACAAUCAGCACAAUGGUUCAGAAUGGGGAAAAGUUGGAUGUGUUACUCUUAGUAGAAAAAGGGAGAACGUUGUACAUCCAUGGGCAUACCAAGUUGGAUUUCACAGUCUGGCAUACUGCAAUCGAAAAAGCAGCAGGUACAGAUGGUAACGCAUUACAAGAUCAGCAGCUCAGCAAAAAUGACGUUCCCAUUAUUGUGAACAGCUGUAUAGCAUUUGUUACACAGUAUGGUUUAGGAUACAAAUAUAUUUAUCAGAAGAAUGGUGAUCCAUUGCGCAUAAGUGAACUUCUGGAGAGUUUCAAAAAGGAUGCCAGGAGUGUUAAGUUGAGAGCAGGAAAACAUCAACUUGAAGAUGUGACGGGUGUGCUGAAAAGUUUUCUCUGUGACAUGGACGAUGCACUUCUUACUAAGGAGCUCUAUCCCUACUGGAUCUCUGCAUUAGAUACACAAGAUGAAAAGGAAAGAACUAAAAAAUAUGGGGCGUUUAUACGUAGUCUUCCAGGGGUCAACCGAGCAACACUGGCAGCUAUAAUUGAGCACCUUUAUAGGGUUCAGAAAUGCUCAGAAAUCAAUCACAUGAAUGCCCAUAAUUUGGCCUUAGCAUUUUCCUCCUGUUUGUUUCAAACUAAUGGACAAACUAGUGAAGAAGUGAAUGUAAUCGAAGACCUGAUUAAUAAUUACGUUGAAAUAUUUGAGGUUAAAGAAGACCAAGUCAAACAAAUGGACAUAGAAAAUAGCUUUAUUACCAAGUGGAAAGACACUCAAGUUUCUCAGGCUGGAGAUUUGCUAAUUGAAGUAUUUGUAGAAAGGAAGGAACCCGACUGUAGUAUUAUAAUUCGGAUCUCUCCUGUGAUGGAAGCAGAAGAAUUAACUAAUGAUAUAUUAGCAAUAAAAAAUAUCAUUCCUACAAAAGGUGAUAUUUGGGCCACAUUUGAAGUCAUUGAAAAUGAAGAGCUAGAGCGUCCUCUUCACUACACAGAGAAUGUGUUGGAGCAGGUGCUUCGCUGGAGUUCGUUGGCUGAACCUGGUUCUGCCUAUCUUGUGGUGAAGAGAUUCUUAACCACUGACACAAUUAAACACUGCAGAGAGAGGAGUGUCAAAGAAGGAGUCUUGAAAAUCAAAGAAGAACCAUCUAAAAUUCUGUCUGGGAAUAAGUUUCAAGACCGAUACUUUGUUUUACGAGAUGGACAUCUUUUUCUUUACAAGGAUCCAAAGAGCAGCAAAUAUGAUAAAAUGUUUUCUCUCAGCUUAAUGAAGUUUUAUCUUGGUGUUAAAAAGAAAAUGAAGCCUCCAACAAGUUGGGGAUUGACCGCAUAUUCUGAAAAACAUCAUUGGCACCUGUGUUGUGAUAGUUUACAAACUCAGAUGGAGUGGAUGGCCAGUAUCUUUAUUGCCCAGCACGAGAACGAUAUAUGGCCUCCAGCUGGAAAAGAACGGAAACGUUCAAUAACCAAAAAUCCCAAAAUUGGUGGUUUGCCUCUGAUUCCCAUCCAACACGAGAGAAAUGCAAACCAAGCCCGGAAGAAUAUUGAGAGUGCAAAAGCAGAGCUUGAAAGGCUUCGACUUAGUGAAAAGCAUGACCCCAUGGACCCCAGCUUAAAAGACAGAGCUUCCAUUGUAGCCCAGUGCUUGGAGCACAAGGAUGAAAAACUUCGAAAUCGUACCAGAAAGCAUCGAAGUUUCAACUGCUUGGAGGACACAGAAGCUGAGGGCCCACAUGGGCAAGCAAAAGGCUACAAAGGUCCAAAGACUUUAAGGAAGACUGAGGACCGGAAUAGCAAACCUACUUUAGACCCUGAUCAUAAGCUGCCAUCAAAAGUCAUUGAAGAACUUAGUGUGGUUCUCCAGAGAUCAAGAACCCUUCCGAAAGAGUUGCAGGCUGAACAGAUGUUGCAGAAAGAAAUAAAAUGAAUAGUUCCACAGAUUAUUUUUUUAACAUGAUAUACAGUGAGUGUAAGCCAGAAACCAAACUGUAAUUCCUGAGUUUGCUAUCUGUAGACCAAUUUGUCAAUAUUUAAGAAAUUUGUCUAUCUCUAUGUAACCAUUUAAGGAGCAUUUUGAAAUAUGUACAUAUGUGAUUAAGUGUAAGAUUAAUUUUAUUUUGGUCUGAAACUUGUAAAAUUCAAUUCUAUUAACUGUAAGAAGUCUUUGGGUUACUUUAGGUAGCCAACUCUUGGAAAGCAGUUGUGUAAGUAGGUUAAUUUAUGAGCAGAAAUCUCAAACUGUACUGUAUUGUAUAAAAUGCUAUGUGUAAAUGAAGCCUAUGAAACUGUAAUGUAUUUUGCACUUUGAGAAGGCCUGUAUAUUAAUUACCAUGUGUUUUUAGGUUUACAUAGGGUCUAUCUUAGGGAAAAGAAAAGGAAACGAGUUCAGAGGGGGAUCAAUUUCAGUAACUAACAGCACUGACAUUUUAAAGAAAGAGGCAAGAAGUUAAUACAUGUUCUAUCGUCCAGGGAGGUGGCCUCAGAUUCAUUCUAACUCACUAAGGAUCAGAGUUUGUCAAGGAGAGACUGCUUGUUACGAAAAAGCCCAGUGUCUAUGGAUUUCCCCAGAAUAAUAGCCAGCCAAUCUGUGUGAGUGAUAGCACUGGCCUUUCUCAUUGUGGUGUCAGUGGACCAGCCACAGGGCGCAUUCACUAUACCUGACCUGUCUGGCAGUGGCUGCUCAGAGGAUCCUACACUGCACUGAAGAGCGUGUGCAUGGGCCAGGUAGCCAUGCCAUUUGCACUCGGGAAAUUCCUUAGGGCUCCUAACUGUUUUUGGUACGAAUGAAAUUCAUUGCCGCAGGGUAUUUUUGUUGUUAUUUGUUUUGUUAUUCUUUGUUUGUCUUGUCUGUUUUUAUGUAAUGUUAUAAUGUCUUCAGCUUUGUCAGAGUCAACUGGAACUGUGUGUGGUAUAUGACCAUUUGGAGACAAGGGCAUGGAUACCUAUACUGUACAUUUGCAGUUGGCCAGUUCACAUUCCAUUUAGUCUUUUUUUCUUUUUCCCUUUUUUUUUUUUAAAUAAAACUGUGGUCUUCUCCCUCUACCUUUGAAAAUGACAAAGUCCUCUAUUUUUAUGUCUACAUAAUGCUCAGCUACAAAUUUGGCAAUUUUCUUAAGUCAGAUGACACUAGUUUAUAAAUAGUUCAUGUCAAAGACAGCACUUUUCAUCAACUUCUUCCAAAUUAUAGUAGGUUUGGUGAGUUUUUCUACCAGAAGUUAUGGAGCUAAGCUUUAUUACCACCAUUUCUUUCUCCUCCCCUAUAUUUCAGGUGGCAUUAUUGUUUUAACUUGUUGUACUAAGGCCCAUAGUUGAGUCACUCCCUCACAGGACAGUAAUGCACUGUAGUUGUCUUUAUUGUAAAAUACUAAUGACUUACAUUUGUUGGAGAUAGAAGAGUUUGCCAGGAGUAAGAGGAAGUGGUAUUUAUUCUCUAAAUCCAAAUAAAUUAUAAUUGAAAUAAUGAAUACUGCAGGGCAGUUUUUUAAUAGGUGGCACUAUUGGAGAACCUUCCUUUAAAGCAAGAAAUGUUAUUUAGGCAAAAAAUUAAUUUUUAGUAAACUUUCUAAUAAGUAGGGAUAUUUAUAUUUUACAAAAUAGUCAUAUGAAAAUUAAUAUGGUUAGCGUCAUUGGGAACAUGUCUGAAGUUUUUACCUGCCUUACUGGAUUUUUUCCUGGAAGUCAAGCUUAAAGUAGGAUCACUUUUUUUUCUCAUCUUUUCCUGAACAGUGGUCUCCAUUUUUCAAAUGUAAGACAAGGGCUAAUGGUGACAUCUCAUAUUUUGAGUAAAAAUUAAAAUAGUUUACAACUCCACUAGAAUGUGCCUCUUUUCUUUGUCCAUUACUUUCAGAAGUUUAAAGUUAUUGUGAAAUAAAUCAAGUACAUU